AUGAACGGCUAUUCAAGUGUAACUAAAAAAAACGUGCCUGAAUGAUAUAAAGUAAGCUUAUCUGACCCUAGUUAUAAUUGAAGCAAAGUUCAGUUUGAUACCAAUACGAGCAGCUUAUUGUCAUGGGACAGUUAUGGGUAUGCAUAUUUUAAAUCAAAUAUCUUUAUUUUUGCAGGUGAUUUAAAUCCGCCUAUAGUUAACAGUUUUGUCAUUUUUGAUUUGCAAUCCUCUAUCAUUAAAUAUGAUGCUUAUGACAGUUAUCAUUCUCCUAGUCCAAGAAUGUACCAUUCAAUGCAAGCAAUGAGCAAUAAUUUAUAUUUGUUUGGAGGGUUAGGAGUUGAUGAAGAGCUUUAUAAUGAUUUAUGGACUUUUAAUUGUGUUGAUGAGACGUGAAAAGCUAUUGACACAACUGGGAAUAUACCUUCUAAACGAUAUGGAUAUGCAUCGGCAGCGAAUGCAGAUUUAAUGCUUGUGUGAGGAGGAUAUGGUGUAAAUGGGUAUUUAAAUGAUGGGUACUUACUUGAUAUUACGUCAAAUGCAUGACAUACUCUAACCUAUUCUGGAGAUGUCCCAAGUCCAAGAGUAGGAGCAUGCGGCGCUCAGAUGGGAUCAAAAAUCGUUAUAUAUGGUGGAUUAACAGAAUCAGGACUUUCUGAUGAGCUAUGGGUUUAUGAUUUGUCAACUUAUCAAUACACACUUUUAGACUAUAGCAAUACUAAAGGGCCUGGAAAAUUAUAUUAUGCUACUUGCAGAAUGUCUACAUCAACUCCGAAUUUUGUAUAUGUACUGUAUGGAGAAACUGAAGAUGAAAAGCCACUGAAUGGAGUUUUUACUUUUAACAUGUCAAGUAAAGCCUGAAUCGCUAAUUAUACAGAUACAGUAGAUCUUACAUGGGCAAGAGCCAAAAGCUCAGUUUAUAAGCUAAAAACAAGAAUUUUGAUCAUAGGAGGAGAAUCUUUCGGAAGUGAGCCAAAUAAUGAAAUUUUUUAUUUAGACACAAAUAGUAAUAAGCAUGUACAGAUCGGGAAAUUAGAAAGUUCUAUCUAUGCAGCAGCUUUUGCUUAUUUUCAAAAUUACGUAUAUAUACAUGGUGGAGGAACUGCAGUUGGCUCUGUAUUGAGAUUUAACGUGCCUUCUAAUAAAUUCAUAAGAAUCCACUUAUGAUCUGAUUGCACUGACAAUACAACAUGUUUUUGGGCAUGCAGCCCAGGGACUUAUAGAAGUGAUAACUGCAUUAUAUGCCCGCCUGGGACUUAUUCUGAUGGCUUUAAUCAUACUUUUUGUGAUAAAUGCCCUCAAGGGAAAUAUAAUGGCCAUCAUGGAGCAACUUCUAAAGACUUAUGCUAUCCCUGCCAAGAAGGUACUUAUAAUAAGCUAAAAGGAGCUGCAGCCUGCUUAAAAUGCCCAUAUGGAUCUAAAUGUGAUGUAGGCAGUGUUGACUUUAGUUUCGUUUCCAAAACUUAUGACGAUAAAUCAGAUCAGCCAGCACUUUAUACACCAGACACUGACCGGGUAAAAAAUGAUACGUUUAUUAUUCAAAGCCUUGUUGGGUUUAUAGGACUAUGUGUUAUUCUUCUAUUAAUUUUUGUAAAAAAAGGAAGGGAACUGCUUGAAGACGUUGACUUGUACACAAAUUUUCAUAAUCAUAUUAUAGGAAGAGUGAUGUAUUUGAAGCAGACUUGGCUUGGAGGAGUUUUCAGUAUCAUUUUCAUAUUUCUUGCAAUUAUGGCUGUCGGUACAGCUUUUAUUUAAAAAUUACUUUAAUUGGAUACCUAAAAACUUCCUUGGUGGUGUAUUUAGCGGUCCUUAUAGAGCUUUUUUCUGCUAAAGACAAUAAGCAAGUGUCCUAAGCACUACAAUAACUAAAGUAUCCACUAGGAUGAAAUUGAUCAUUCUGAUCAGAAUUUUGACCAUGAGCACCAAAAACUGCCUUAAAAGUUUAGCUCUCCUCUUUAAAAAUUUAAAAAGGGUUUAGGAACGAAAAGAUUUUCUGCUCGUUUUAGCGUGGGAAAAAGUGAAUGAGCCUAUAAAAUAGACAUAAACUUAUAAAUAAUAAUUAAAAUUACAGCUUUAGUUAAUUACGCUUUGAAUAACACAUAUGAAGUAAAAAGCUUAGUACCACUAGUCGUCCUUGAGCAAGACGUGUCUAACGUAAAUUCUACAUAGUAUAUUGGUGAUUUCACAAUAAUCGUUACAUUAAUCCACUAUGGAGGAACUUGCAUGGCAACUAACGAAUGCUCAUCUGAGCUCACACAAACUAUUACUGGGAUUAAUGGCUCUUUAACUAAAUCUACAUGUCAAGCAUAUGAUAAUGGGAAUUGCGAAAUUACGAUUAAAUGCAAAAACUGUGAAAUAUUGAGUUAUGCCCAAAUUUCAUAUGCCAUGAAUAACCAAAACGGCUAUGUUUCAGGUUUCACUGUAAAUGUCACAGCUUCUUCAUCUAUUCCUAAUGAAAAAAGCAGCUAUGAGACAACUAUUGAGCCAUCUAAAAAUUUUGUGUUUAUGGGAACAGUUCCAUCAGUGGUUUAUUUUUAUGCUAUUCCUUCAGUAAUUUUUAUUUAGUAUUAUUCUGAAACACAAACUGAUAAAAAUCAGACAGGAUAUCAUAUAUCCUUGAAACAAGCAUCAGAAAAAGGAUCAGAGUAUCAAGCAUUUGAGUAAAAUUUAUAUAGACUUGGUAUAGCGUUUAAUUCAUACUUAAAUAUCAAAUUUGACACAGGAACAAAUGGGCUUGUGACAACGAGAAAUGUCCGCCAAACGUGGAUUAUUUUAAUUACUACACUUUUAGGGUCUGUUUUUGGAAUUAUGGGAAGUAUUGGUGGGAUAAUGAAGCUAGUGGAGAAAAGAUGGACAAAAAUCAAAAAAAUGUUAAAGAAAAAGUCUGCAUACUUGAAGGCUGAGGAAAAUGCUGACAUUAUCACAAGUUCAUAUGAAAUCCCACACUUUUAUGAAGAACCAUCUUCAUCGCCCAAGGAAAGUCAGCCAGCAUUUAAAUUGUUUAUUAUAUAA